CAGGACAGGCAAGAGGUGCCAGGCGGCACCCUUAGGCUCCGAAGCAUGUGCCUGUACUGCUGGGACAUCGAGCCUUCCCAAGUCAACCCUGAAGGACCAAGACAUCAUCCUUCAGAGGUCACUGAGCGGCAGCUUGCAGAUAAACGUAUUCAGAAUAUGCAAAACCUAAAGAAAGAGAAGAGGAGACUGAGUAAAAGGUUUGCAAGGGCUUCUCCUGUUCCAGAACCAGGACUCCUAUGGUCAUCUUGACAAAGUUGGAGUCUAUAUGAAGGAAACCAUGCUCCAGACCAAAAGAUGUGAAUUUCAAACAUCAAGUGACAUAUCAUGAAUUGAUCAUCUGAAAAAUAAAUGCAAUACUCCGCCAUUUCAGGAAAAUAAAUGCAGUGCAAGUAUUUAAUAUCCAAGCCACAGGCUCUAGAAUUCAAUUAAACACCAUGUCUCACUACCAUGUUUUUUUCCUUGUGGUGUACUUGAGAUCUGCUGCUUUUCAACAAAUAAUAAUAAAUAUGUAUAGGUAGGCUUUUGAAAAAUAUUAUUCUCAUGUUUAAAUUUUGCAGAUGUUUUAUGACAUAUUUAGAAGUAUGUUUUAGUAAUAGAACACCAGAAUUCCUCUGCUGUAUAUUUAUAAUGACUUCUGUUCAAACAAAAUGUUAAAUUCUUUAAAUAGUCCUAGGAGACUGUUACUAUAAGUAACUCUAUGUUAUGUGUUGCUUUUGCAGUUAGGCCAGAGUGUAAUUAAAAUUUCCAUUUAAAAUAAAAUUUGAAUAUUAAAAUUUUACUUUUAUGUAUGAAAUAAAUGAUAAUUAUCCCUAUCUCUCAAA